AUGAGAAGAGAUGAGAAGAGAAGAGAACCUGAUGCAUGACCUGAUGUAUUAUGCCAGGAUUGGAUCCUCGUUGAAAAGCGCGAGUAGAUGUAUAAUGGACAUAGCCGCAAAGGGCAGCUGCCGUACGUUGCGGCUCUCAAACUGCUUCGACAGGACUGCAUCGGCACAGAGAAGUGCAAAUAGAUGUAUCCCCGUAUUGCAGUAACGAGGAGUGCAUGAGAUGCCAAGCGAGGUUGAAUCACUACCAGCAAUGUGCCGCCGGGUAAGGCUCCAAGUGUAUCGAGCAGAGUGUCGAUGGGCCUGCCAAUUCACCUAAUUGGCAUGGGAACCGACGAGCAUUGAGAUCCAACACUUCUCUGUAGUCCUGACCUUGUUGAAUGUUGAGUUUUUAACUGAACUGAUGACCUGGCUUUAAGAAGUUGGCCACAUCCUCUGAUGGCUGACUGCAUGGCGUUUGCCACUCUUUUUAAGCUGCAUGGAGGGUGGUUAUUGGCAUUGAACCCGUGCAGAUUUCCGAGGGUUGAUCAUGAUCACAAACAGGGUUUGUUUUUCGCUGUCCGACAACAUGGCCAUCACCUAAUUGGCCAAUCAUGUGGCAGAAUCUGAAACUUUUCUGCCGAAUCUGUGGAUGGACCUGCCACGGAACCAGGUCUCUUCGAAACUCUGUGCAAUUAUGCCCCAACAUGAUGCUAAUGUCAAUGAGUAGAGACACAUGCUGUUCUUCAUCUUUCUGAUAACAUCUCUGUUGUAGGACCUUAUUCAGGUUUUUCUCUCGGCAUCAGAUACCGUCGCUGGGAGUGUAUGACAUGGCCAUGUCAGCGACCUGCUUUCACAUCGUGUUGAAUAGGUGCAAGUAUAUGAGUCUAUUCAGAAAUUGUAUGAUAGGGAGGGAACAAGAGGUGAAGGAGUGAGCAAGACGUGCUCGUCUACAGAUAGGAGUUCUCAGUAGCUCCUUGUAACUGUGACAUUGUUCAGUCACUGUCUUGCAAGGUAUCCUGGAAUUAAAGACCAAGCAGGUGGCCAAGGAUGAUGUAAACACAUGGGGGGAAGGGGUGGGAAGUGGUGGGGGAGUGGGUCGGAGGGGGCCUGAGAGAGAGAGAGAGAGAGAGAGAGAAUGGUUGGAAUUAAACGACUUGAUCAGAGCCACUGUACAGAUACACGGCUGCGACAUCCAGAAAACAGGCAGAAACCUGUAUUUCUGAAAGACCUGAGCCGCAUCUGGAUGACACCGGAGUUGUGGCAUGCAGGAUUUGGCCAGCUCAACACUCUCCUAAUCGACGACUCGCCAUACAAGUCUCUUGUUAAUCCGCCGUACACAUCCAUCUUCCCGGCAACCUAUGUUGGAACUGAUUUGACAGAUAGAUCUCUGGGUGAUGGAGGAUCCAUCCGGAGAUAUCUCGAGUCAAUCUCCCAAGUUAGGGUAGUUCCAGACUUUGUGAAGCGCAAUCCUUUUGGUACACCUCAAGACUCUAUGGGAGCAGAAGCAUGGGCUCUGUUUGUCGAUUUCCGCAAAAAGUAUAAUUUCGGUUGUUUGUGGAUUGGCGCUAACGGAGGAGUUGGAAAUUUUGUGGGAAACCCACAGCUGUCACAGGGGGAGAAAGGGGGGAGAUAUAUGGGUGUGAAGUCGGCAGUGAUUGUGCCAGAUGCAGAAGCUGCGGGAAUGGGUCAAGAUGGUACGGAAUUGAGCAGAGAUGGAAUGAAUGAGCAAUGUGCAUCACAAAACAAUGAUGAGAAGGAGGAAGGGGAGCUGGUGCCGGAGGAGGAAGACGAGGAAGGCCACAAAGGUAGAGAGGUGAGCAGUGAGACAAAGAAUGAGAAGGGGGAGGAGAGUGAGAAGCCUGCAGAAUCUCUCACAAGGGACAGUAUGUUAUUGAAUGGGCCGGAGAAAGAUGGUACUGAGACCGAUCAGGAAAGUGAUAGGCAUGGAGGAAGACAAAGGGAGGCUGUCGGAAGUCCUUGCCAGGUGAGAAAGAACAGCACAGAAGAAGAAGUAAUGGCAAGGAGAGCUCUCAGUGAUGAUGAAGAAAGCGGAUUAGAUGAGGGAGAGGAACCAAGAAGGGGAUCUGGUGAUGUCAGCGAGUGUGACAGUGAGCACAAGGAUGGCAGCCAGUGUGUGACUUCUGGACAAGAUCGGAGUGAUCUGUUGUUGAGGGAAAGGGUCAGCCCAGCAGCCGUCAGGAGUGGCGAUCGUAUUGCAGAGCAACCUACUGAGGAGGACGAGCAGGCAAGACAACGGAAUACCGCCGUAGCUGGUUAUGUUACGGAGAGCGAGAGGGAUCCCAAUGGCAGUGUGCUUGCGGAAAGAGAAGAGAAAGCAGUUGACGGAGCGAUAGUGGACAAUAGGCAGGAAGUAGAGCGACACGAGGAGGGUGCAAAUGAAGCUGAGAUGCCUGUCGAAGAGCCGAAGGUGAAGAUGAGAAUAAAGAGUGUGAUCGUGGGAGUAUGUGAACCUGAGCCAACUGUCGAGCAAACUGAUAACGCUAGACUCGGAGGUUCUGGGUCAUGGAGAAAACGGAGGAAUAGCGGUAAAAGAAAGUAUAAGAAACGGGCGCUAGCUGGAAAUAGUGGUGGGGCAGUUGGUGUGAACAUGAACAACAUUAACAGCAGCAAGAUGAACAACAUGUUUGCAUUAGAUUCGCAGGUGGAUCUGGGUGUCCGUAACAGUAAUGCAUCUUCUCUUCUCCUUAUAGGCAAGAAGAAGCAUAGAGGGCAAGCACAGUGGCUGCCGGUUAGUAAACUACCGAUGGAGCAGCGGCUGGGAAGUCUAAAUGGAAGGGUCUCCUUCAUCGGAAAAAUGGAUGGACCACAGCAAAACAUCAUGUAUGGUGGAGACGGGAUCUUGGGAGGUCAGCCGCAGAAGGACAAGCCUGGUCGGAAAAAGAGGAAGGCAAAGGUGGGCCGGAAGAAAGGCAAAAAUGCUCAGCAGCAGCAGCAGCAGCAGCAGCAGAUGACGAUGAUUCAAGAGCUGCCAGCAGCCAAUGUAAAUUCUUCUGUCCGACCUGUUGCACAGGAUUGGGCUCAGGGUGCAUAUGCCGGUAGGGGAGGAGGGUCCUGGAGACCAAACGAUAGGAUGCAUGUGGAGGAAGAUUACAAUGCCAUGCGGAGGAGGGAUGACAGGUUCGAGGGCAAUGUCGGGCACGGUAGGAGAUGGAAUGGCAGUGCCAGUCCUGUGAGAAGAUCAGCUGACAGUCCACGAAAGUGGAGGAAAAGGACUCCACCACGUUACGACAACAGUGCGAUGGGCACGGCACGGAAGGCUGGUGUGCCCUUCCGCAGGAGUAUGAGCCCACCAAGGAGGCCUGCUGACAAACACGAAGAAUUCCGUCACGGCAGGGAACGGGGAAGGCGGGACGCGCGAAAUGUGAGCAGGAGCAGGAGUCGAAGCAGAGAAAGAGUGCCUGCAAGAGAGGUGAUAGACAGGGGGAGUGAAGCAAUGCCGAGUUCCAGGGCUGGGAAUAGAAGGGUAGAUGAGAGGAUGCCUGGGGGGGGUGGGAAAGAUAGCCCAAGAAGGGGGGAUGCACCUGGUGCAGCUGGAGUGAGCAGCAGUCGGCUGUGGACAGGAAGAGAUGUUGGGGCAAGAUCAGGCCAAGUGAAUUAUCGUGUAGGAAUGUAUAGUAAGCAAUAUACUCAUGGAUCUGUGCGGCAGGGAAGUCAGAGCUAUGAAGAGACUUCACGCACACAAGAAGUGGCUUCUUAUUUUCAUGGUGAUAGAGGCUCCAAUGACAACUCGGCAUUUGGCAGGGGAGCGCACUCGAGUGAAUGGAGUCAAGUGCAUGCACCUGGCAGAAAGUGGGAAAGGGAGGGAAGGCACGAGAGUUCUGCUCCAGGGAUGUUGUCCAGAAAGAAUUGGAGGUAAUCAGAGAUGAGGAGAACAUGGAAGGGAGGGGAGGAAGAAAGGGAGCGGGGGGGGUGGGGGCGGAGAGAACGGGGAGAAAGCGAAGAAGGACGAGGCAUUCUGGAAUCAGCGGUAUUUUCUAGAUUGGGCCUGUGCACGCAUGGUCUCUUGGAUGAUGAAGAUUUUUCCAACUGGGGCCUGACCUGAAACAGAAUUCAAACCGUUCAUGCCUGCAGUAGCUCUCGUGGUUGGUGGCACCUAAAUAUAGCUGUUCCGAAUACUACGACGACCCUAUCUACUGUGUUGAUGGGGGGCGAACAUCUUGUUGUCUCUAUCUGAAGCUGUUUGCCGUUUCGCUGCACUCCAGAGCUGUUUGCUCCAAUGACCAGUUCCUCUGGUGUCUCUGCACUGACGAGCUGUUUACCCGUUCGCUGCACUGAAGUCCUGUUUGCCCCAACAACCACAUCCUCCGUUGUCUCUGCACUGAAGGGCACUUUGCUCAUUCGCUGCCCUGACGAGCUUUUUGCCCCAGCGACCACAUCCUCCGUUGUCUGUGCGCUGAAGAGCUGUUUGCCAUUUCGCUGCACUGAACGGCUGUUUGCCCUAUUGCUGCACUGAAGAGCUGUGGCCCUCUCUUGCAAAAGUGGGUGGUAAAUUUCAUGUGGCCUCCUGUACUGGCCCAGACAGGAAGGCAGACAAAAGUGCAGUCGUUGAUUGAAACAUCGGCCCUGUAGCCAAUCCUAGGAAUCUUUUUCGGUUUCUUCCAUGGCUAAUCUGGUGGGUGACAAUGUGCUUUCAUUGUCAGUAUCUUUGGCGUUUCUAUUCUUUGUCAAUGCGGAAUGAUCUGGAAGGCAACGAGCAGUGCCCCUAUCUGUGCAUGCGAUGUUCCACUGCAGCUCAUUGUGCGUUAAAGGUAGGGACAACGCGAAGAUUCUUCUCGAGUAUUGUGAGAGGUGGUGGCUGAUCAGGCCCUUUGUGAGAAUUCCUUGCCCGCUCUCUCUGCCUGUGCCUGCAUGCAUGUUUGUCUUGCUUCUUUGUCUGAAAAACUUCAGAAUUUCAACCCGAGUUUCAAUCUUCAACCCACUUUGUCUUUUUGAUGCUCUUCAUAUGUUCUUUGAUCUUCCUUCCUUCAUAUGUUCUUUGUGUCUGCUUGUCUUCUUUUAGAACUCUGUGCUACUGAUAUAACUUACACACACAGUUGUUUUUUUUUUUUUGACUGUCGGGCCCAAAAGCUCCAUGUCAACCUCCCUGCGUCCGCAUAUUUGAUGUUCAUGACAUUGGAUUCUGUCGGGAAUUAGCUCUUCUGGAAAACCAUGUCUUGUCUGGACUCUUUUGCAGAGAUUUGGGAUAUAACUACCUUUCCGAGUGCCCCUCUUUUUUCUUUCAUUUUCUUUUUCCUUUUUUUUCAGUCUCUUGAUUCUCUUGUUUUUUUCCCCCCUAAUAAGGGCGACAGCCUUGAGAUA